AUGGACAGCUCCUGCAUUGAGGGGGCGCCAAUCACCACUCAGCCACUAUCACAAGGGUCGCCAAUCGAACAUGACAGCGAUGUCCUUCGGCAGUUUGAAGCUUGUAGAGAAUCUGUAAAUGGCCAUCUGAAGGAAUACUUCGAGCAUACCAGAUACGAAAAGAUUCAAGAUGAUGUUCCUGGACUUUAUGCCAGCCCUAUUCUGCUCCGAGGCUCAGAAGCAGAUAAGAGUGCUCAACUCUCACAAAUCAACGCUAUCAAAGAUCUCGCCAAGCUCGACGGCAUUCUUGAAAACAUCAAAAGACAGAGGCAGCCUCAUAUCAAGGCUGUGUCUCCGCUCAUCGUUGCAUGGACGGCAUUUUGCAUCACCUGGCCAUAUGCCACCUCGCAAGGCGACCUAUCUGUGCUUUUCAAGAUCGGUGCUGUUUCGGGAGUUUUCAUUGUCGCUGCCCAGCUGGUUCGCAAGUUUCUGCAGCUGAGAAAGAUUACCCCUUUACAGCACAAGGUGCGAGGACUGGUUCGGGCAUUCAAGAACGGGACAAUACGGUAUAGGGAUCCGGAGGAGGUCAUGAUUCCGUCUUUAAAUAAGCUUUAG